AGAGGGCGGAGCGGCCGCAGCCUGGGAGCAGCAUGUGGACGUUCGGGCGCCGCGCGGCCGCCAGCCUCCUGCCCCGCUCGGCGCCCCCGGGCUCGGCCCCGGCCCGCGCCGGGACCCAGGGGCCGACGAGGAACGCCCCGCUCUACGGCCGCCGGGGGUUGCGCGUCGGGACCGGAGCGACCCGCGUACCCAGCCACGCCAGUCUGAGCCUCCACCGCCUUGAUCAGAUGGUGAAUGUCAAAAAGCAGAGUGUCUGCUGGGUGACUGUGAGAGCAGUGGGAACGGUGGGCGACCCUGGCUCUCUGGAUGAGACCACCUAUGAAAGACUGGCUGAGAAGACACUAGACUCCUUAGCAGAGUUCUUUGAAGACCUCGCAGACAAACCCUACACGUUCGAAGACUAUGAUGUCUCAUUUGGGAGUGGUGUCCUGACAGUCAAACUGGGUGGAGAUCUGGGAACCUACGUGAUCAACAAGCAGACCCCAAACAAGCAGAUCUGGUUAUCCUCACCCUCCAGCGGCCCCAAGCGCUACGACUGGACGGGGAGGAACUGGGUGUACGCCCACGACGGCGUGUCCCUGCACGAGCUGCUGGCCGCGGAGCUGACCGAAGCCUUCCGGACCCAACUGGACUUAUCCUCUCUGGCCUAUUCCGGAAAAGGUGCUUGAUGCCCCGUCCAGUCCCGGGGACAGUAACAGGUCUGAAGCCAAGACUCCAGCUCCGUCCUGCUGCUGGGGGUCUGGUUGCUUCCAUUCCCGCUUUGGAGGACAGUGGCGUGUUGUGUACGGGCUCGGUGAAAAGAACAUGUUGCCUCCCACACUCCCCUAAGUUCGGACUUUUAAUUUCCAUAGUGUUUUUGGAUUUAUUGUCUGAUGUCCUCCCUUGCAGGAUAUAUUCCUUUCUUUUAUAGUGUCCCUAUACUCGUACAUUUAUAUAGAACCUCACAGCAAGAAAAAUAAGGAGAAAUUCAGGAGGAGAAAUGACUUGAUUUCACUCUUCGUUCUUUGAAGGACUUAAUUGCCUAAAACCCCACAAAGCGGCGGGCGGACCUCCCUUUUCUGUCCCCAGAUGAAGACGCAUUAAAGGGUCAUCUAUAAAUGGUGCCACACCUCCUGAAAAUGUCAAUGUUCCUACGCCCUGUAGUACGAAAGUGUCAGUAACGUUCAAGAAUUCUCAAACCAAAGAUCAUUCUCUCUCCUCGCUGGGGUCUCUGCCAGGGUGUGGCCUAUACGGGAGACCCAGGGAGACGUGAUGGUGUUUCUUCCAAAGAGACAUACUAGGGACAUACGCACACAUUCCAUCUCAGGGUGCGUGUGUUUGUGUAUUUUUUUUUAAGUUAUUUUUUAUGGAUACAGCUGCUGCAGCACAGGUCUGAGAAUGCAAAAACUCUCCCAAAGACAAGAAGGGAAGAAGGGCCAUUAUCAUAAGCCCGUGGAUGGAGUGUAAUAGCCUAGGUCACCCGGUGAGGUCAUGCUUAGCAAAUCGUGAAGGACCCCAGAAAUGCAAAGAUGUUCGUGUUCAUGAAAAGAGCCCUAGUCCUUCACUUGGCUCAGUGCAACCUUUUCUUACGAAAGAAAGAUUUCUCAGUGACAGGUCUAUGCAGAUGCGGGAUCUCGGUUCUCUGUCUCUGGGCAAGUUUCACAAACUCCGGGACCUGUUUCCCCACGUGUUAAAUGAGCGGCUGGAACUGAGAGAACAUAGGGGAUUCUCAGUCCAGACCUUCAGUGGUCCUGUCAGGCCAGCUUAACGGGUGAGGGGAGGGCAAUGAACAAGUUUCUUAAGUUAGAGCAUGAAUAUAUGGUUCUAGGUAUCGUUCCUUGAAUUUCAGUUGAAUUAAUGUUCAAAUAGUACCCAUCUUCCGUGUCUUUACUGUGCCGACUUGUGCUCUGGGCUGAAUGUCUGUGUCCCUCCCCCAAAUUCCUGUGGUGAAUCCUUACCCCCAGUGUGAUGGAGUUACGGCUUCCGGAAGGUACGGCUUCCGGAAGGGGGUUGGGUCGUGAGGACAGAGCCUCAUGACUGGAAGGAGUCCCCUUAUGAGAGAGACCCCAGAGAGCUCCUCGCCCCUCACCUCUCCUCACCCCUCCUACCAUGUGAGGACACAGUGAGAAGUCGGCCAUCUGUGACCCAGGAAGUAGAAUUUCACCAGACCCCCCCCCCCCGCCCCGUGUGUGGGGCCUUGACCUUGGGCUUCCCAGCCCCCAGAACUAUGGGAAAUAAAUUCUGGUUGUUUAUAAGAUG